CGGCCGAGGGCGGCACGGACAAAGCCGCCUUCCCUUGCCAGCGGAAACCCCCCGGAGCCCUGCAGCCGGCUUACCCUUCUCCAUCCCCUCUGUCUCCUGGGUGGUGAUGUUCGGGCAGCUGCCCGUGGACGGGGGUCGUCUUAGAUGUGGCCGUGCUGAAAGUGACGCGGGACGGACGACCUUUGGGGCAGCGUGGCUGUCGCUCGGAGGAGCGGCACCGCACCCCCGAGACCUGGCUGUGGGGUCAGGAGUGCCCUUUCGGGGCUGUUUAUUCCUUAUUUAUUUCCGAGAGUCCAUAACGCCAGUCCCUGGGUGGGUGAGUUAGGGGUGUUUUGUUAUUGCUCUUGCUUAGCGAGAGGGGAGGGUGUUUGCUUGUUUCCCCCCAUCCCUCAGGUGUGACGUCCCAUGGGGUACCACCUGGUCAGUUCCCCCUUCGGCCACUAGGAGGAUCGCGAGAGGCCGUGGACACGGCCGAUUUCAAUAUGCAGAUGCUGUCUUCCGCCUGGUAGCUUUAGCCUGGAACUGCUGCACAGAGCCAGGCUCAAACCACUGGGCCUUCCUUCAGAAGGGACCUGAUCGCACAGUUUCAAUUUCUGAUCUUGAUGGAGAGAAAAUGUAAACAUUAGUCAAGAUUCCGUUUUUUCUUUAUACAACAGGGAGGUGUAUUUUCAGAGUAAUUGAUAGUCAACUGGCAUUUCAUUCAGCUUCCCGCUUGGUGGUUCCAGAGACACAGAGGAAAAGAUGGCGAGUGUGAUACUCGUUCUCUGCUUCCAUUAGUAAAAUAACUGCGUGAUUGGAAAGAAACAGAAACAAAUCUUAGAACAUACACCACUAGUAUUAGCAUGCAGUAUACUGCUCCCUGAAUCGUUAAAAUGUUCUUUUACUGCAUACACUGGAGUUUCUUUCUUUCUUUAUUUUUAAUUAAAGGUCUGAAAGAGAACUGAGCUUGAUAUGCAGAUACGAUAGAAGACUGCCUGAGAGCUGCCUCCUUUGCCACUUCCUGUGGAGGCCUGUCUUUGCCAUUUGUGGUUUCUUUCUUCUUUUGGUAAGGGAAGGCAGGAUCUGAUUACAGGCUUGAGGUCCUUUCUAGCUACAUAGAGGAGUUAGUGGGCAAAACAGGAGGUGAGUCCAUUAACCAGAGUGCAAACUACAUGCAGCCAGUAGUCACUUCUCAUAACUCCUCUUAAGGAAAUAAAUGAGUUUUGCUAAUUCAAUGUGAGUACAAUUUGAGAGGGUAGAAACUGAAAGAGAACAGAAGGCCACCCCCAUCCAUAUUCCGUCUUUGGUAGGAAAGAGAAGCCAUCUCUUUGUAUUUGUUGAUUCACUCCAUCUUUUACAGAAAAUGUCACAGCUCCUGCUACUAAUCCAUUGAUUUGAAGUCCUCUCACAGUGCUUGCAGCUGGACAGUUUCCUUGCAGUUAACCAGGAACUUUCCGGCUCGAGUGUCUGUCCCCUCCUGUAUCAGGGCGCGGACACAGUCUCUGCAACACAGGGAGCUUUGCUUUCCGUUCCUCCCGCUGGUCUCUGCUCCACAGAGGCUGGGUUAAGAAACAGCUCUGAAGUUACCAACUCUGACCCCUUCUCCAGCGCAUGUGAGCAGGGUGGAUUGGUGUUCCCACGGAGGUGUCGGGCUAGCACUCAGGAACAUGGAUGUCAUCUGGCUCUUGUGAGGGCCCAUCUUCAACACUGGCGCUUUGAUUUGCUUCUGUACCUUGUCAUCCACAGUGUCCACCACUGAGUCUUAUCACCAGGCUAGCACCUUGCAAAGAAAUAGUAACACAUGCAGUCGUGAAACUGGGAAAGGCCAGAAUUCUCAUAUCAGAGAAACAUGUCCCGUCGGAAACAGACUAAUCCAAAUAAAGUUCACUGGGAUCAAGUAUUUGCUGGGCUAGAAGAGCAAGCCCGCCAGGCGAUGAUGAAAACUGAUUUUCCUGGAGACCUUGGCAGUCAGCGACAAGCUAUCCAACAACUAAGAGAUCAGGACUCCAGUAGCAGUGACAGUGAGGGUGAUGAAGAGGAGACCACACAAGAUGAAGUCUCUUCCCACACAUCAGAGGAAGAUGGCGGGGUGGUCAAAGUCGAAAAAGAGUUAGAAAAUGCAGAGCAGCCUGUUGGUGGGAACGAAGUGGUAGACCAUGAGGUCACAGAAAAUUUGAGUUCUGACCCCUUGCUUGAACUCUGCCAGUGUCCCCUCUGCCAGCUGGACUGUGGGAGUCGGGAGCAGCUGAUCGCUCAUGUGUACCAGCAUACUGCGGCAGUGGUGAGUGCCAAGAGCUACAUGUGUCCUGUCUGUGGCAGAGCCCUUAGCUCCCCAGGGUCAUUGGGUCGCCACCUACUAAUCCACUCAGAGGACCAGCGGUCUAACUGUGCUGUGUGUGGAGCCCGUUUCACCAGCCAUGCCACUUUUAACAGUGAGAAGCUUCCUGAAGUACUUAAUAUGGAAUCCCUACCCCCAGCCCAUAAUGAGGGUCCCUCCAGUGCUGAGGGAAAAGACAUUGCCUUUAGUCCUGCAGUGUACCCUGCUGGAAUUCUGCUUGUGUGCAACAACUGUGCUGCCUACCGUAAGCUACUGGAAGCUCAGACCCCCAGUGUACGCAAGUGGGCCUUACGUCGACAGAAUGAGCCUUUGGAAGUGCGGCUACAGCGGUUAGAACGCGAGCGCACGGCCAAGAAGAGCCGGCGGGACAAUGAGACCCCUGAAGAGCGGGAGGUGAGGCGCAUGAGGGACCGGGAGGCCAAGCGCCUGCAGCGCAUGCAGGAGACAGAUGAGCAGCGGGCACGCCGGCUGCAGCGGGAUCGGGAGGCCAUGAGGCUGAAGCGGGCUAAUGAAACCCCAGAGAAGCGGCAGGCCCGGCUCAUCCGAGAGCGAGAGGCCAAGCGGCUCAAGAGGAGGCUGGAGAAAAUGGACAUGAUGUUGCGAGCUCAGUUUGGUCAAGAUCCUUCGGCCAUGGCAGCCUUAGCAGCUGAGAUGAACUUCUUCCAACUACCCGUGAGUGGGGUGGAGUUGGACAGCCAGCUUCUGGGCAAGAUGGCCUUUGAAGAGCAGAACAGCAGCUCUCUGCACUGAACCACACCCUCCUGUGUGCUCUCCCUCCCCCAGCCCCCACCCAUUCUAGCCCGCAGGCGUUAGUGCUGCAGCCAUUCACAAGGUCAUCCUUGCUGCCAGGUGCAGGCCCGAGCUGGCUGCAGGUGGACCUGUGCACCCCUUGCAUGUGGGAACAGGAUGAUGGGGUCAGGAGGGACCCAGCCCAGCCCAAGGCAGCUCUGGACAAGGGAGCAGGCACUCCAGAGAACUGGACUCCAUAGCCCACUGCUGCAGGAUGGACGUUUGGGACUGUGGGGCCCCAAGUGUGGCCCAGGAAGUUGUGAGGACAAAUAAAUUAAUUUUAUCUUUAUUGGGCA